AUAAAAUUCUCCUUUUUUCCAAAUUCAGAGGAAGAUGAAGAAAUUUUUGAGGACAAUCCAGAAGAAUAUAUCAGAAGAGACAUUGAGGGUUCAGAUGUGGACACCAGACGUCGUGCAGCCUCUGAUCUUGUACGUGGAUUGUGUAAAUUCCAUGAGCAGCGGGUCAUAGAAAUAUUUUCUCACCAUGUAGUGGCGAUGCUUCAGCAAUAUCAGUUGAACAGUGAGAACAGCUGGAAAGCUAAAGAUGCUGCAAUAUUUCUUGUCACAUCACUGGCAUGCAAGAAACAAACUGCUAAGCAUGGAACAACACAAGCCAGUGAACUUGUUAAUUUACACAGCUUUUUCACUGAGAAUAUUUUGCCAGAACUGCAGAUAAAAGACAUUGAUCUUCAUCCAGUGUUGAAGGCUGAUUCCAUUAAAUAUGUUAUCAUCUUUAGAAACAUGCUUUCCCGUGAAGUAUUAGUAGCUUGUCUGCCAUUACUCGUCAAGCACUUGACAGCCAAGAGCCAUGUUGUGCACAGUUAUUCAGCAAACUGCCUGGAGAAACUCUUUACUCUGAAGAAACCGGGUGGAGGAACUCCAAUCAGCAAGGCAGAGAUACAACCAUUCUUAGAGGAAAUGUUGUCAAAUCUAUUAAACUUGUUACAAGUUCCAGGUUCACAAGAGAAUGAAUAUGUCAUGAAAGCCAUUAUGAGGUCAUUCUCCUUGCUCCAGGAAGCCAUGUUGCCAUAUGUUGGUGUGCUGAUCAGUAGUCUGGCAAAUAAACUUAUGCUUGUCAGCAAGAACCCCAGUAAACCACAGUUUAACCACUAUCUGUUUGAGGCCAUCUGCUGUGCUAUCAGGGCAAUAUGCAAAGCAGAUGCUUCUGCAGUGUUAGGAUUUGAGACAACACUGUUUCCUGUUAUUCAAGAGAUCCUUUCAAAUGAUGUGACAGAGUUCCUGCCGUAUGUUUUCCAAGUUUUAUCUUUGCUACUUGAAAUUAGACAAGAUGAAAUUCCUGAACCUUACAUGAAGUUGUUCCCACUUCUUCUGUCUCCAGUGCUCUGGGAAAGAACUGGAAACAUACCUCCCUUGGUCCGCUUACUUCAAGCUUAUAUUGAGAAGGGAAGCAAAGUCAUCGUUCAGGAAAAGAAAGAGAUGGGUCUGUUAGGUGUAUUUCAAAAGCUGAUUGCCUCAAAGAGCAAUGAUCAUGAAGGAUUUUACCUGAUGGGGAGUAUGGUGGAACACUUUGAAGUGUCUGCGCUGUCAGAACAUAUUAAGUCUGUGUUUGUCCUUCUAUUCCAACGGUUGCAGAGUUCAAAAACUACAAAAUUUGUUAAAGGUUUACUAGUGUUCCUGUGCCUUUAUGCUGGAAAGAAUGGUGGCACUGCUCUGAUGGACACUGUAGACUCCAUUCAACAGGGACUUUUUGGAAAUGUUGUGCAAAAAAUUUUAAUCCCUGAUGUACAGAAGGUAUCUGGGACAACGGAAAAGAGGAUCUGUGCUGUUGGAAUGAUCAAGUUACUUGCAGACUGUCCUAAAUUUUUAGAAACUUACAACAAUCUUUGGGUGCCUUUAUUACAAGCUCUGAUUGGAUUAUUUGAGUUACCUGAAGAUGACUCCAUUCCUGAGGAUGAGCACUUCAUAGAAAUUGAAGACACGCCAGGGUACCAGACAGCCUACUCACAGUUGGCUUUUGCGGGAAAGAAAGAAAGAGAUCCAUUUUUUGGAACAAUUCCUGAUGCCAAAAUCUUCCUUGCCCAGUCCCUACUGAAACUAUCAACAGCACAUCCUGGAACGAUUGACACCAAGAUCAAGUCUGAGCUACAUGAAGAUGCAUUAGGCUUCCUGCAGAAGUAUCUUCAAGAGGCGGGCAUUACUUUGAGAUGAAGAUUAAGCCUAGAAUAAAUCCUAGCCUUGCCUGGCUACAAACAAACUCAGACAAGAGUUUGGUUUGGUGUAUUCAUGUUGGACAAGUGGUUAUUGAUUCAGGCACUUCUUGUCACUGACCUACGUAAUACAUGUAGAACUGACUGAUAGAGAUGUACAACAGGAGGUCCUUUACAUAAAAUUACCCUAGUCAUUAAUCCAUAGUGAUUGUCUUCUUAUAGUCAGCCUUAAACAGUACGAAAAGCUACAGGAACAAAAAGAACAGCUUUGUCCCGUCAGGACAUGAUUUUAUGUAAAAAAAAUUGGUUUUCACUCAGCAGACUAAAAUAGAAAUGUAUGUUCCACUGUAAAGUGUUUGUGAAGUCAGAAGCCAUUUAUGACUAGGUAAGAUUUCAAUCUAUUUUUUGCUGUAAACCACUCAAUGGACCAGUUUAAGGUUGUUUCACUGACUGGACAUGAGAGAUGUAACUAUUAACUGGCAGCAUCACAGCUAAGAUCAUUUCAAUGAAGGACUGAGAUGUUGCAGUACACCCAGUAGUGUACAGUCCUGUGUAUUAUUAAGAAAUUAUAAUUUGAUUCAUAACAAAUACGUUCCCUGGACAUGGAGUUUAAGUAGUGAAUAGAGCUGAUGUAGAUGUUUGUCAUAAUAAAAAGCUGUUAGAUUCAUUACUUCUGUAGUCAUCUUUAAACGCUGUUUUAAAAAACACAUUUAUUUAUGACUAAAUCACACACCCUACUCAUAUCAUUUGCAUAUUUCCAUUUCUCCUGGAUGCUGGACUUGAUCUCUAGCUGUAUGGAAGUUGAGUUUGGAAUAUCAUGAGGGCUUCUAUUUGGGAGAACUCUGAAAACAGUUGCUUGGUACAUGACCUGAUUGAUUAAAACCAGUUCUACAAAUUUUGACGAAUACUGAACAUUCCUAUUUCAUCUUACAGACUUGUUACCUUUGUAUCUAAGGGAUUCACUGAUAUAAUAUUCCUAGAGACUUUGUUACCCAGGAUACAGGAAGUUAAGUUGUCAUUUUAAGAUGAUCUUUCACUACAGACUGAGGACAUUUCUGAAGAGGCCUACAAUACAGGGGAAAAACGCCCUUGCAUAAAACUGUUUAUUUUGUCUUUUAUAUUAAUAUACAAUAUUUACAAAGAAUUUCCACAAAAUAAAAUUAAUAUUACCUCUGUAACAAUAUUGUAACUAUUGUUCUUUACUAUAUAGAUUUUUUAAGUGACAUGUUGAACUACUCACUAAUGUGUCUGUUCCAUACUUUGUGUGUGUGUGUGUGUGUGUGUGUGUGUGUGUAAUGAACUGGAAAUAUCUUUUUUAUACAUAUAACAAUUCUACCUUUUUGGUUGGCUUUGCUUGGCACCUCUUAGAGAGGGGGUGGGGUGGUACACUUAAGAGGCAUUUCAAGCACAUUUGCACAAGCCAUGGUUCAUAUUUUAGCAGGAUGAAGCCCAGCCAAUAUCAAACAAGCUUGAUAUGCUACCAAAGUAUACAGUCAAGAAAGUUGUACCCCAAAUGUGGCCAAAAACCUGGUGAUAACAGGUCAAUGGCUUGAUAUUACAGGAAAUCAGGACAGCAAAUAAGGGUGCCAUUUGGCUAAUUGUGGAUUUAAAUUAAACUGUGGUAAGUGUUUGUUACCUAGAUCCUCAUGAUAUUAGAUAACAUGCACAAGUCAACUCCUUGGAUUCAGAUGUUUCUUUGUUUCUUGCUUGUAAUAAUAAUUUACAUGUAAAUCUUUCUCAAAACUCUACACCUGUGUGGCUGUGACAAAUGGGUCUCAGCAAUAAGGAUCAGACAAGUUAAUUUUUAAGUCAAAUGUUGUGUACGUAUUCCUAUAAGGCUUAACAAACUAUAAUUUUUGGAAAAAAAAAAAAGUUUUCCAUAGAUCACCUACCACUAUUAAAGGACUUUUCUAGUUAGGGUCAUAACCAACUGAGAAAUACAUUCACACAUAAUUUACAUAUUCUAAAACACACCCACAGGUGAAAAUAAACUCAUUAUUUCUACCAUUAUUUCACAGUUGAAGAAACCAUAGAUCAAUCUAGAAAUUAGUUUAGUCUUGAACAAAAUUAACAAACUACACAUUUUACAGAAAGCAAGAGAACUCCUGUAAAGUAAGUCGGAAAGUUACACGAGAGACACUCAUCUGAGAUCAAGCCACAACGUAAAAUUCUUUUAUAGUUCUGAACUUAGUAACUACGAAAAAUGUACUAGGAGUCAAUUAGUUUCCGAUAAGUCUUGUUCUCGUGACUCCUGUCCACUGGCUUCUUUCCCUUGUAUAGUUCACUUGCAUUACAAAAUUUGGCAAUACUAGAGAGAUGAAUAACAAUACCAUGAAGUGAACCGAAUGUUACAGACUUACUAACCCUGCGAGCAGAGUCUCCUUCGAUCUUGAUCGAACGAGACUCUGCUCGCAGCCGGUACAGACUUACUCUAUGUUGACUCUAUUUAUCCAACGUAAUUCGACUCGCAGUGAAGUCGUGAACUCCAUCACGGAUACAAACGCGAAAAGCGAAUAGUUGUAUAACAACGUAAGUAAGAAUAGCUGCUUGGUUUCUUCUACGGAAAAUGUGUCAAAGUUACACGAAAACUGUAAUUCGAUUCCACUGACAGAAUUGAGAUUAAAACGACAGUAACCUCUGAAGUGAAACCACUGUCGAGGUGAAACCACCAUUGCAUUGCCUUCAUUCUGUAGUCUCGUACUGAAGUCUGCUAAAGCAAAGUGAAA